ACAAUGAUACACAACAUGGAGAACAGGCAGUGUCUCUCUCCCUCUUUCUCUUUAAUUUUGCACACUUUCUCACAUUCACACCGUGUUACAUCUUGGAGAAAAUGUCAAGGUCUCACUCGCACUCCACCUUCCUGUACCGGUUAACUUGCAGAAUGUAACAGAACACAAUUUUCCUUAAAACUGAGUUGGGCUGCUCUCAAAAGGGCCUCAGUAAGAGAAGAAGAGAGAACCAGCCGAAGAGAGACAUCAAACAAAACGGAGAUGCGAGGCCAAAGGAUUGACAUAGAGCAGCUCCUCAGGCAGUCUCAGACCGAACUGCUGUGGAUCCAGCGGCAGCUAUCAAUCAUAGCAGCAGCAGAUGCCAAUCAUGCCCGGGCCCAAAAGAAGCUGAAGCAGGAGGCCCAGCCGUUGCACCUGGCCUCUCACGCAGCUCACCAUGUGAAUCGCUGCCGCCUCUUGGAGGACAAGAACAGAGCUCUUAAACUAGAGCUAGCCGCUCUCAGACAGCAGAAACAGCAGCGUCGAUCGCUGGAGUCAGAGGUCAACGAGCGGAGGAAAAGGUGUCAGAUCCUUGAGAGGGAGGUGAAAAACAAGACAUUAGAAUGUAAGACUUUGAAGAAUGAGCUUCAGGAUGCUUUGCUGGAGAGGAAACGGCUCAAUCGUGAGCUGCUUAGUCACAUCCUGAAGGCCACGGAGUACGAGAAGGUAAAGUCAGACUAUGAUCAGCUCAGAAAGGCUUUUGGUUGUGUGAGUCAAGAGAGAGACUCGGCCAGACAGGAGAAGGCUCAGCUCCAAGACAAACUGGAGAACCUUGAGCAGGUCCUAAAGCAUAUGCGAGAGGCUGCAGAUCGGCGGCAGCAACUGGAGGCAGAGCAUGAGCAGGCCUUGGCUUUCCUUAACUCCAGACAGCAGGAGAUCAACCUUCUGCAGAAGGUUCAGGCUGAAGCUGAAAAAGAACGUGAAGAAGUGGUGCAUCUGCUAGAGAACCAUAUGGACAAAAUGCAGGUCAAGGUUCAUGACUUAGAGCAGAAAUGCCGGACACAGAGUGAGCAGUGCAAUAUUUUGUCGAAAGAGCUGGAGAAAUAUCACCUGGGGUCAGACGCAGAGGAUACACUCAACACUGACUCACAGGAGAAAAACUUGUGCAACAGUUACAACAGCCUGCAGCGCCAGGCUGAAAAAAGUGAUGAGAGAUCUGACGGAUCUCCACUGGUCUCAGAACUGCCCAUAGUACAGCAACACAAGAGAGAAAAGCCAGAGCAGCUCUCAGUCAAACCCACCGUCCAAACCCAGAGUCGCUCCAGCAGCCCCAUGCAAGCAUCCCUCUCAGAGAUGGACGAUGAGGUGAACCCAGCUCCGAGGUCCAAGACAAAAUACACAGGCCAGGUCCGCCUCUGCACUGCCCGAUACAGUUAUAAUCCCUAUGAUGGCCCUAAUGAGCAUCCCGAAGCAGAGCUCCCUCUUGUGGCAGGGAAGUAUUUGUACGUAUAUGGGGACAUGGACGAUGAUGGAUUUUAUGAAGGAGAGCUAUUGGAUGGCCAGCGUGGCCUGGUUCCCUCUAAUUUUGUGGAGUUUGUCCAGGACAAGGAAAAGCCAGCUAUCGAAGGUGGGGAGGAGCAGGGCAGACUAGAGCAGAGCUGUCUGAGUUUAGCGACCAUAGAUGGAGGCGCUCCUCUGGACAGCCUUAGCAGCGACGCCCUCGGCCACUGCAGCAACGGGACAGGCACUCUGGAUGGAGAGGAGCUGGGUGACGACAUCGUGCCUUACCCCAGGAAGAUCAACCUGAUCAAACAGCUGGCGAGAAGUGUUAUAGUGGCCUGGGAAGCACCUCUAGUGCCCCUAGGCUGGGGCAACAUCAAUGGAUACAAUAUUUUAGUGGAUGGGGAAGUACGUUCCUCUGUGCCAUUUGGAGGCAGGACCAAACUGCUUCUCGAAAAGCUGGACCUGGCUGUCUGCACAUACCGCGUGUCGGUACAGAGCGUGACGGACAGGGGGCUCUCCGAUGAGUUGCGCUGCACCCUGCUGGUGGGCCGCAAUGUUGUGGUGGCACCCACCGGCCUGCGCAUGGAUGAUAUUUUACGUGACUCAGCUGAACUUUCAUGGCUGCCCAGUAAUAGUAACUACGCCCAUGUUGUGUACUUAGAUGGUGUGGAGCAUGCUGUGGUAAAGCCCUGCUCUUACAAACUGCGUUUUGUGAACCUGAAAGCCGCCACAGUGUACAAAGUAAAAGUGUUGGCCAAACCUCAUCAGGUGCCCUGGCACAUGCCCUUGGAACAGAGAGAGAAGAGAGAGGCUGGGGUGGAGUUCUGCACCCAAGCUGCAGGACCCCCUAUGCCUCCUCAAGAAGUCCAGGUCCAGUGUGGACAUGCUCCAGGGGUCCUCCAAGUCCGUUGGAAGCCUCCUCCAAUGACACCCAUGGGAACCUCCAAUGGUGCAAAUGUCAUUGGUUACGCAGUGUGCACUAAGGGUCAGAGGAUCGCUGAGGUGUUGUAUCCAAUGGCAGACUAUGUGGCAGUAGAACUGAAUCGUCUCCAGUGCUUGGAGGCCCGUGAGGUUAUUGUCAGGACUUUAUCAGCACAAGGGGAAUCUCAAGACUCCCAUGUCGCCGUCAUUCCAAACCACCUGCUGGUGCCUCUUCCUAAAGCCCUUCCCCCUUCUCACCACAUGCAGUCGCCUCUCCCGCCCCAGCAGUCUCAACCAAUGCCUCCUCACCCCCAAAUCCGGGCCCUUCCCCCUCACCCUGGACCCCAACCACCUAGCCAUCUCCAACCCCUCCCCGUUCACCCCAACCAGCCUCCAUCUCAUCUCCAUCCCCACCGUAUGCCCCAUCCCACACAGCCCUCUCCACCCCACCUUCAGCCUUUACCACCACACCCCAUCCCUCAACCCCAGCCCACCAUCCCAAUGCCUCAGCCUCAACCCCAGUCCAUGCCCAUGCCCCAACCCCAACCACAGCCACCAAUGCCCAUGCCUCAGCCCCAACAGCCCAUGGCCCUGCCACCACCCCAGCCGGCCAUCCCCAUGCUCCAACCCCAACCAGCUAUCCCGAUGCCCCAGCCUCACAUUCCUCAACUGCCCCUUCCCCCAUCCCAAAGACCACUAAGUGCCAGAGAGCUGGAAACCAAAGAGCCAGGGCCAGGAAUGCUUCAUCAUGGAGGGGGCCCACCUCAGCCAUGGGAGCCUGGUUGCUCCCCAUCAGGCAUGCCCACAGGCCUGCCACAUGGACACACCCUGGAUGCCCCGGCCUGCCCGAACCGCCGCUCCCCGUCACCUCAAAGGAUCCUCCCUCAGCCCAGGGGUACGCUCAUUCCUGACACUGUGGCUAAGGCUAUUGCCCGAGAGGCAGCCCAAAGAGUGGCUGCCGAGACUGGACGGAUGGAGAGGAGAAGCCAGGGCUUCCACUCUCAAAAUUCAGAUGAGGAAGAGGAUGAGGAAAGCUAUCAGGCCCGCAGAAGAGGAGCAUCUGUGGAUGACUUCCUCAGGGGCUCAGAGCUGGGCAGGCAGUCUCAUUACAGUCACAGCGAAGAGUAUCAUACGGAGAGCAGUCGAGGCUCGGAUCUCUCGGACAUCAUGGAAGAAGACGAGGAGGAGUUGUAUUCUGAAAUGCAGCACGAAGAAGGCCGGCGACGAAACUCCCACAAUGCACCCAAGACCGGAGCCAGCACUCCAUCUUCGAGUCAGCUGGAUCGGGAAUCAUACCGGAAGCCAUCUCACCGAGGUCCUCAACCUCAGCGCCGACCCCUCACGGUCCCAUCCAUUGGUCAGUGCUCUCCCAAUGGAUACCGGGACCGAAAUCGGCGUUCUCCCCCUUACUACGAUGAGUCUGAGCAGGAGGAUCAGUUUCGAAUCUUUGUGGCGCUCUUCGACUAUGACCCUCUUUCCAUGUCCCCUAACCCUGACGCAGCUGACGAGGAACUCCCUUUUAAAGAAGGACAGAUAAUCAAGGUGUAUGGGGAUAAGGAUAAUGAUGGCUUUUAUCGUGGGGAGAUCCGGGGCAGGUGUGGACUUAUUCCCUGUAACAUGGUGUCGGAAAUCCGCGCUGAGGAUGAUGAAACUAUGGAGCAGCUCAUGAAACAGGGAUUCCUCCCUCUCAACACUCCUGUAGACAGAAUAGAACAAAAUAGGAGAGGUCGCCACCCAGUGGCUACAAGAAGAAUGGUUGCCCUGUAUGACUACGACCCCAGAGAGAGCUCUCCAAAUGUGGAUGUUGAGGCUGAACUGACAUUCUGUGCUGGUGAUAUCAUUGCUGUUUUUGGGGAUAUAGAUGAAGACGGCUUCUAUUAUGGUGAGCUGAAUGGACAUCGGGGCUUGGUUCCAUCCAACUUUCUCGAAGAAGUGCCUGAUGAUGUGGAGGUCUAUUUGACGGACACUCCCUCCCACCACGGUCAGGACGAACCCAAUACGGUACCGGCGCCGCGCCCAGAGACCAAACGGGUGCCUGUGGAAAGUACAGUGCCAGCUCCGGCCCCUGGAAGACCCGCCUCUCCCACUGUGCGCCCUUUGCUUCCUGUUGGCCCAGUCAGGCCGCUGAGCCCUGCCAGGGGUCCACGAGACCUGGCGUCUAAAAAGAAAAAAGGACUGCUUUCUAAGGGGAAGAAACUGCUCAAAAAGUUCUCAAAGUAAAAGUAUGAGAUUGAUUUUGAAUUCACAUGGCUGCAGCAUACAGAUUUCUCUCUAGAAGGGGAAACCGCAAAUCCCCAGUGUUUCAGAAAAGUGUUUUUUCCUCACACACACAAAAAAUAUCUAAAUGGCUUUAACAUUAACAUGCCAAGUACAUAUUAUGAAAUAGAGUUACUACCCAGAUGAAAAGGAAUGACAUAUAUAAAUAUGUCACUCAUGUGUCAGUGAGCUUGCUAAUUGGCUGUCAGAAUGAAAGCAUCUAUUCAUACUGUGAUGUAGAGGACAAAGAGACACUAUUAAUAUUUAAGGAGUUCCAUCCAUUAUAAUUUCUAUAUUUCAAAUCAAAGUGCUGGAUUUUGAACGAAAUAUUUAAUCUCAUAGAUUUUAAAGUUUGGUAUAGCACUUGAUGAUAAAAACUGUUAAAAAGCACUUCAAAUGUGGUCUGACGUUGUCAGUCAAAUAGCAGUAAAUGAUAAAAACCUCCAGACCAUAGUAAGUGCAUUAUACGGUGUCUACACUGCUCCGCACUGCAACAGCUUUGAAACCGGCGUGAGGCUGUCUACACUGGACGCGACAAAGCGACAGUUUAAAAUCUUAUUGUCAAUAAUACGUCAUAAAUAGAACGAGGCCUCUGUCUGGAAUUUGUCGCGCAGCGUCGCAUCCAGUGUAGACAGCAUCACUGACUAUAAUGCAGGGGUGCCCAGCCCUGUUCCUGGAGAUCUACCUUCCUGCAGAGUUUAGUUCCAACCCUGAUCAAACACACCUGUCUGUAAUUAUCAAGUGCUCCUUCAGAUCCUAAUUAGUUGGUUCAGGUGCAUUUGAUCAGGGUUGGAGCUGACCUCUGCAGGAAGGUAGAUCUCCAGGAACAGGGUUGAGCACCCCUGCUAUAAUGGGUUCUACUAUAUUUUGUCACGUCGCAGUGUAAAAACAAAAAGGACCACAAUAAAAAAAAAAAAAACAUAUUUCCUUAGAAAGACGGGCAAGGUGCAAAAUGGCAUAACUGACCAACACAGUGUACGAGCAAAUCCUUUUAAACAUUGCUGUGGCCUUCAUCUGAACUCAGUAAGUACAGUAUAUUACCUGCAUCUGAUGUCUCCAUACAUCAGUCUUUGCCAAGUACUCUCCCUCUUGCUUGCUCUAAGAUCUCCCUCUCCUGUGUUUAUCACGAGAAUGACUCUGAAGUUAUAAAAAUACAAUGGAAAGUUUCUGUGUUUGCCUUUCAAUGCACAAUCGUUUUGGUGAAUGGCUAGUGUGUGGAUGUGUGGGUGUGUGUGUGUCUUCCCUCUGCAUCCAUGUUCGUGCAACCCCUUAAAACUGAAAAAGGGACAAAUGUUGUUCUAAACUUUUGUGAUAACGUGAUGUGCUGCUAAUUACAAGUUGUUUCCUGUUCCUUUCUAAAGUCAAUAAGGGUGGUGUCGUCUUCAUAAGAAGAAAUAUUUAAGCAAAGAUGGUGUCUUGGUGUCUCCUCAGAUUUCACUGUCUAAGAGCUGGUUUACACAGAAUGCAUUUUUGCGAUGGGUUUUCUAUUUAAACAUGCAAAAGACUGACAUUUGACAUCUAUUCUAAAAGUAGUUUAGAACUGCGUUCUCUGACAUUCCAUUUUACACGUAAGAAUGCGUUCUGUGUGAACAGAUUUUCACCCAAAAAUGAAAUUCUGUCAUUAUUUAGGCUACCCAACAUCACGUCAUUUUAAAACUGUAUGAUUUUCCUUCUUCUGUUGAACGUAAGAAGUUAUUUUAAGAAAUCUCUCUCUCACCCGCUCUCUGUUUUGUCCAUACAAUGGAAAACUGUUCAAAACUGCUCAAAAUAGGCUUAUUUUCUUUUAUGUUUUCGCGGAAGAAAGAAGUCAUAGGACAUGAGGGUGAAACUUUCAUUUUUGGGUGAACAAUCCUUUUAACACUGGUUUACACAAAUGGGUCAUGGCUGGUUAUGAGAAACAUCAUCUAUAGGCCUAAAUGACAUAUCCAUGCUGCCGUUAUCAUUGGCUGUUUUUCCCGAGGUCUUUGCUUGUUAUGGUAGACUCAAACUCCUUGUGGUAGUCUCUUUGCUGAGGACCUUAUAAUACAGCUACCAAAAUACAGGUUAAGUAAAAGCCUCAGGCAAAACUACCGUUGAUAGCUCAGUUGUAUUAAGCUAUAAUCUAGUAGUUUACACUAAGGGCAGAAUCUCUUGCAUUUACACAAAACAUCUUGCCCCUGCAACUGGAAAUGCGAGGUUGAGCCAGAUUCUGGUGGCAUCUUACAAUAACGUGGCCAGUUGGAUCUAGAUUGCACUCUUGAAUGGUUUGAUCCAGGGUAAAUACUGUGUGUGUUUGAUUUUUUUUUUUUUUUUUUAUUAAUCUUUAAAAAAGAUUAUCCUAAAGGUAUUCUAUAUUUAAGUAUUUUAAUUAAAAAAUACAACAUUCAUUUUGGGGUGAAUGGUGUUUAUUUCUUGUAGAAGAAAACGUGGAAGGUUCUAAUAAUAUAUAUAUAAAAAAGGUUGGAUAGCCAAAAAAGGAAUGUAUGAAAUGUUCAGCUGCCUGUAUAGCUUGCAACAUCAUUUUGCCAAAAGAAAAAUAAAUAAAAGAGAUUACAUAUAUUUUCAUUUAACAGAAAUUUCUCUAUUAUUAUCAUGAAUCCCGAGUGUUCGUUUGUGACUGGAUGUUACGUGUUCAUUUCUCGGUUACUCUUUUGUACUCCAUUUGUAGAUAAUUUAUAAAUGUUUAUACUUAAUUUACAGAUUUUCAGAAUUUUUUAGUGCUUUAAGAUUUAAUAUUCAACAGUGUAAGUGUUCUCCAUGGUGUCUUUAAGAAAAGAAGCUCAAGUCUGCAAUUAUGUGCUCGCUCUGUGAAUUAAAGAGAAAAAAGUUGAACUUGUUGGUCUAUAUUUACUGAUAUGGACUAUUGUGUGACUGUGCAUGUGUAGAAUUGUGUAAAAUAUACAUUUUCUAUGAAAAUAAAUGUGAUAUUUUUCAAGA